AUGAUGGCAGCAAUUACUGUGCCACCUAGUGCUCUUGUUGGCCCUCGAGGAAAUGAAGAGAUGGACUCUCUAAUCGUACUUCAUUAUAAUUACACCGGAAAGCUUAAUUCAAGAGAAAAGGACAGCAUAGGCCUGUCCACUAUUGCAUUUCUGAUCCUAUGUAGUUUCAUAGUCCUGGAAAACUUGAUGGUGUUGAUUGCCAUAUGGAAAAACAAUAAAUUUCACAAUCGCAUGUACUUUUUUAUUGGCAAUCUAGCUCUCUGUGAUCUUUUAGCUGGGAUUGUUUACAAAGUAAACAUUCUUAUGUCUGGGAAGAAAACUCUGAGCUUGUCCUCCACAAUCUGGUUCAUUAGGGAAGGCAGCAUGUUUGUUGCCCUGGGAGCCUCCACUUUCAGCUUACUAGCAAUAGCUAUUGAGCGGCAUUUGACCAUGAUUAAAAUGAGGCCUUACGAUGCAAAUAAAAAGUACAGAGUGUUCCUUCUAAUUGGUACAUGCUGGCUUAUUUCAAUUUCCUUGGGUGCCUUACCCAUCCUUGGCUGGAACUGUAGAAACAAUUUACCAGAUUGCUCAACAAUUUUGCCUCUAUACUCCAAGAAGUAUGUUGUGUUCUGCAUUAGUAUCUUCAUAGCCAUUUUGGUUGCCAUCGUCAUCCUUUAUGCCCGUAUCUACAUCCUGGUAAAAUCCAGCAGUCGUAAUGUCACUAACCACAAUAACUCAGAACGGUCCAUGGCGCUCCUUAGAACUGUUGUGAUCGUUGUUAGUGUCUUCAUUGCCUGUUGGUCUCCACUGUUCAUCCUGUUCCUCAUUGAUGUGGCCUGCAAAGUCAAGGAGUGCUCUAUCUUGUACAAAGCCCACUGGUUUAUUGCUCUGGCGGUCAUCAAUUCUGCAAUGAACCCCAUUAUCUACACUCUGGCCAGUAAGGAAAUGCGUCGGGCUUUCUUUCGCCUUGUCUGUGGCUGCCUGGUGAAAUCCAAGGUGGCCAGAUCUUUGCCUAUUCAGCCCACGCCGGAUCACAGUCGAAGUAAAUCCAGCAGUAGCAAUACCCAGAAGCCAAAGGAAGAUUUCCCACAGAUGAAUGUUCCCUCGUGUAUCGCUGAGAAAAAUGAAUCUUCAUUUCACAAUGGAAAUUUCUGUAAGUAA